AUUUCCUUUCAGAUGCGACUACCUAUCACAAGUCGUCUGUCCAUUUGACGUUGCGAGAGUGCUCGUGUCAAAGAAGCGUCUCGAGGUACGAGAAUAUCUUGGGUCCGCAAUUUAGCUAUGUGAUUCUAGUCACAUUUCUAACGAGCAAUUGAUACGGUUAAUAUGCGGACUGCGGAAGCACCGCAUCUCCAAGAAACACUCUACAUCGCAGCACAUUGGAAGCAAUGGCCGCAACGGUGACAGUAUUGCGCCAGCCUCUGGUCCUCCUCCCUGCCACAAGGCCAUUGUCACAAGCAUCCGUUAGCUUCUCUAAGUAUCUCGCCCGACAACGGUCGACCCCUCCGACGAACAUCUCAUCGCGAUACUUCUCAACAGCCAGAAGCAUGAAGUCCGACUCGGCUGCAAAGCUAUCCUACCACGUUGCUGCGUCUUUUACCGCGAAAGACCAUCCCUACGAUCCAUCAACGCACGUCUUUCACUUCAAUCCCUACAACCGUAUCCAGCAGAACCGUAGCAAACGCUCCAGACCAGACAGCGGACACGAUGCCUUCUUCGUCAGUCGAGUUGGCGACUCUGGCGCUGUAGCCCUUGGUGUGGCUGAUGGCGUCGGCGGCUGGGUAGAUUCUGGUGUUGAUCCGGCGGAUUUCUCACACGGUUUCUGCGAUUACAUGGCUUCGACAGCCUACGGACAUGGUUCAAUCAAAGACGACCCGACCACAAAGGGCACGGGCGACAAGGAGCCGCUAAGAGCGCAAGAUCUGAUGCAAAAGGGAUACCAGGCGAUCAAUGAGGACAGUACCGUCAUUGCUGGUGGCAGUACAGCGUGUGUUGCUGUAGCAUCCUCAGACGGCAACCUCGACAUUGCCAACCUAGGCGACUCUGGCUUCAUCCAGCUUCGAUUGAACGCCGUACACACCUACUCCGAACCCCAAACGCAUGCCUUCAACACGCCUUAUCAGCUCUCUAUCGUGCCUCCCAGCGUAGCUGCUCGUAUGGCAGCUUUUGGUGGCCAGAACCUAUGCGACUUUCCCAAAGACGCUGACGUCACUCGCCAUGACCUCCGUCACGGCGAUAUCAUCGUUUUCGCAACUGACGGUGUAUGGGAUAACUUGUUUAACCAGGACAUCCUCCGUAUUGUUAGCAAUGUUAUGACAACGACAGGCGCAUGGCUCAUGACGAAGAAUGGCGUCCGUGUCGUCGACAAUCUCAAGCCCUUUACAAAACCCGCCGAAGACGCCUCAGAGCGACCGUCCGCAAAGUUUCUUACCUUGCAGAGCGUGCUCGCGGCGGAAAUCACGUCCGCCGCCAAGUCGGCGAGUCUAAACCGCAACGUCGACGGUCCCUUCGCCAAGGGAGUGCAGAAGUACUACCCGCAGGAGAACUGGCACGGCGGCAAGAUUGACGAUAUUUGCGUUCUUGUCCUCAUUGCUUCGGAUGACUCCAAGGCUGCGGCCAAGAGUCGCCUUUGAGGCCGUCUUGUAUCAUUACCAACACUAUUUGCCGCAUUUGAAGCUCAUGACUGCUUUUUCCAGUUGCGCAGAAAUUACCCCCCAUAGAAGCCCCAAAAAGGAGCGCCACCGCUGCAUUUGUCCGUUGGAUCGUUAAUUUUCGACCGUCGCCAAUUUCUCAUUCGGUGACGCAGCAAUGUUGUACGAAGGAUCCUGAGCAAUAUUCUAUUCUCUCAUACACACGCAAUGAAGAGACGUCGAGAAGUCAGUAGUCAGUCAGUUAUAGCAGUAUCAAAAAAUACCACCCAAAAUCGAGUUCUGACCGUUUCAUCGUACUCUACCUAAAAACCAAUUUCUACUCGCCUCAAUCCGUUGCAAGUUUCUCUGCUUGGAUAUGUGCUUCUCCACCGAUUAAACUACACGUUUUGGCUCAUGCGAUCGGCAGGAACGGUCAAACGAGAGGUCCAAUCGUCUUCCCUUUCUCCCCCUUGUUUUCUCUUCUCCUUUGUCCUUGCCAUGAAGCGGGGCGAGGCGAUGGGAACUUGCCGAUCGCUCUGCUCGGGCGGGUUUCUUGUUGCUUUUCUACAGUACCUUCCAAUGGACGGAGCCCCUGUUUUCUUUUGAACUCCACGUCAGCUCUGGAGUCUGCACCCGUUUCUCCUUUUUUUUCUCCACGUGGGGUUGGUCUGCUGUAUGAACCACUGAUCUGGGUGGAAGAAGAUACAAGAUGAAACAGCUUUAUUCUCUGGGGAAACCCAAUGGGCUGUGCUUUAAAGAAAAAAAACCUGCCUUGCCUUACAUUGUGGAUGAAGGGCAGAAAAGACGAUGAGUUUGGUGUGGACGGUCCCAGCUCGAUAUUCUAUUGUUUGUCUUUGAAAGUAUGACAAUAACUCGCCGUACGAAUGCAUAGUGUUACAUGUUCCUCAUGCCAGAGGCAGAGCACGCCCGCUUCCGAGUGGGAUAGGCGCAAGUCGAGUGACACCACUUC